AUUCCUAGCGCGACGCUCUGCCGCGCCUCCCGCCUUUCUGUUCUCAGGCCUUCCGCGCGCACGGCAACCGUUCCACCUGCGCGCCUUCGCGCUCGCCGCCCACUCUGGUCCGGUUCUGCGCCGGCGCGGGGCCCUCUAGGACGCGCGGGGGAUUUGUGAGACGCAUGCGUAGUGCGCGGCCGGCCGCUUCGCUGUCGCUCGGGUUCCGCCGUUGCCACCUCCCUACGGGCAAGUGCGAGAGGGGAGCCGAGGGCCGCCGCCGUCGCCGCCGCCGCCACCAUGGGGAGAAAGUCGAGCAAAGCCAAAGAGAAGAAGCAGAAACGAUUGGAGGAGAGAGCGGCCAUGGAUGCUGUGUGUGCCAAAGUGGAUGCUGCCAACAGGCUUGGAGACCCUCUGGAGGCAUUCCCAGUCUUCAAGAAGUAUGACCGCAAUGGGUUGAAUGUCUCCAUUGAAUGUAAGCGAGUGUCUGGAUUGGAGCCAGCCACUGUGGACUGGGCCUUCGACCUGACCAAAACCAAUAUGCAGACGAUGUAUGAGCAAAGUGAGUGGGGCUGGAAGGACCGAGAAAAACGGGAGGAAAUGACCGAUGACCGAGCCUGGUACCUCAUUGCUUGGGAAAACAGUUCCAUCCCAGUUGCCUUUUCUCACUUCCGGUUUGAUGUGGAGUGCGGGGAUGAAGUCCUGUACUGCUAUGAAGUGCAGCUGGAAAGCAAGGUACGGCGGAAAGGCCUAGGGAAGUUCCUCAUUCAGAUCCUGCAGCUCAUGGCCAACAGCACACAGAUGAAGAAGGUGAUGUUAACUGUUUUUAAACAUAAUCAUGGCGCCUAUCAGUUCUUCCGAGAGGCACUGCAGUUUGAAAUUGAUGACUCUUCACCCAGCAUGUCUGGUUGCUGUGGGGAGGACUGUUCCUAUGAGAUUCUGAGCCGGAGGACCAAGUUCGGGGACAGUCAGCACUCCCACACAGGCGGCCACUGUGGUGGCUGUUGCCACUGAACUCCUAGAACCACUUUGAAGGGAUGUCACUCUCCUUAGGCCUGUCCCCUCCCUGGUCUUAUGCCACUUGCCAGGUACCCUCAGAGCUGUGGGGUGCCUUAGUUCUGCGUGAGCCAGGCAUAUCCUGAGAACACAGAACCUUGGGGAGCAGUGACCCCAGCUGCCUUUCCACCUCCCUCCUGGAAAAGCAGAGUGCCAGGAGGGAGCACCGAGGAGAGGGUGCCGUGAGAUUGACAGGUUGGCUGUCAAGCUCAUCCUUGUGCAGUAGCUGCCUACUUACUUAGUUCUUGGGCCCCUAAAAUGGAAGGCUUCCCUCUUGUCUGCAGCUGAGUUCCUGACCGGGUUGCACACCAUGCCCCAUAUGGACAAAUGGAAUGUUGUUAAUACCCACGUUUGUAAAAGGCCUGGAGUCUGCUGGUCCCCAGAAAGAACUGGAUGCAAAUCUGGGCAUACAACAGACCUUGGACAUCUUUUCUCUGGGGACAAAGUGCUCUUUCAGAGACCAUGUAGCCCUUGAUGUCAAGGUGCAAAGGUUUGCACUGUAAUCUUAUAGAUCCACAGGUGGUGUCUCGGGACCAGCCAACUUCAGGAGGGAGUCUGCCUCCACCACUGUCAGUAAGACAGGAUCAGGAAGAGCUGUCUCUUACGUGUUUGUCAUAGGGAUGUGGCAUCUCUGGGCCUUUGGACUUUGCUGCAUUUUCAUGAUCUUGACUUGACCUUUUUAUUCAAGAAGGAAGUCAAAGUCCUGCCUGUUCUCACACCUCUCUUCUCAGCCCAGAUACCUCUGUUCUUAGUCUCAAGGGGAACAACAUCAGGGAGCCUCUCGUCUUCCCCAGAAGAACCCUUCCUUCCUGGUAUAGCUGAAUCCAUUUCUUCCUAUUCUUGGUGCUGAUAGCUCUCUGAAGGUGGGGUACUUCCCUGCCACCCUCCCUGACUGAGGGGCCCCAGCCAGCAGCAGGCCCCUUUGCCUGUUCUCCCGAGCCCCACCCCUCACCGCCUCAAUGAGGCACUCGUGCCACUGUCUUGGCACCCCUGGGAUGCCUUUCAGUGGCGUACCACUGCUUUCCUGUCAUGGGUGUCACCCUACAGUGACAGGCUAGAGCCAGAAGGCCUUCCUCCUCAGGGGAUACAGGCUUAGAACUUGAACUCGCCCUGACCUCUGGAUCCUGUUCUUCAAGGAAGCAAAACCAAAUCCUUACCUAGAAAAACAGACUUGCCACUUCCCCAUUGCUGCCCCUGAGUUCCGCCUUGGGAGGCGUGGCAGAGAGCUUGCCUUUGUGCAGUUGCUUUCAGAGACUCUGCUACCGAGCUGAGUCUGUUCACCUUACCCAGCCUGACUCAGCUGUCUGUUCUGGCAAGUCUCCCCAAAGGAGUCACCUCUCGCCCAGAUCCUUGGCUUGUGCAGUAGCCUGGACUCAGAGAGUCCUUUCUUGCUUGGUCUGUCCGCUGUUGAACACUCUGUGCUGUUGUUAGCCCUUGGCCUUGCCUGGGAGAAGGCCUUGCAGCUUUACACUGGAAUAGGUCUGCUUUUGUCUGGCUUGCUAGCUUCUGGGCUAUACCUCUGGUGAGAGUUGGAGCUGCCCAGAAGGGAUUGGCAUGCUCCUUCCGAGAAUCAUGAGACAGGAGCAUGCUUGCAGGAGUUAUUCCCUAAUCUCUGUCUGUCUUAGAUCAUGAAUCUCUGAUACCUCCUACUUAGGGGUCCAGAAGGAACCCCCAGUGUAAGCCCCAUGUAAGGUGAAUAGAGUGUCUCGUCUCCAGUUACUGGACACCCAGCACCAGGACUCAUGGUGCUCAGUGCCUGCCCUGCUCCCCACCCUCUGCAGGCCCCAUCCCAAAGGGCCCUUCAGGAUCUCUCACUGGACCAGCGGGAUGGUGGCCAAGACCAGCAGAUUACUCCUGUGGGUGUUAAGCCCAGUGGUUCAUCAGGCAUCGUCUACCGCCCUCUUGUUUUGAGAAACAGCAGGUCUAAUCUACUGUACCAGGCUCUUUUGCUUUUUGUUCCAGGAGUGUUAAAAUGGUUUUAAAAGUUUUCGUUUUGUUUUAGUGAACCUAUUCCAUUUCAGGUUAUUUUUGUUGCUGUUAAAUGUUUAUGGUUCUUUUUAACCUUUUCUGGAGGGUUGGGGGGUUAUUUUUGUUUUUAAGAGGAAAGUUGGAAGGUAAUUUUGUUUUAUAUUUUUUUUCCUAGCAGUUCAUUAUCACUGGAAUCAAAGGGAAAAAAACCAUCUCUCUUUGUAUCCAUUUUAUUUGUAUGUCAUUAAUAAACAGAUACUUUGUGCAGAUGC